AUGGGGUUUCAAUCUCAGACCAACUACCUUUCAGCUAAAGUGACCGCGGUAUUUGACAAUGAUGGGGUACUAGGUAUGCUUGGUGGACCAAAUACUGGGACUAGUUACUCGUUACCCGGUCAUAUUAUCAUAUCACUACCUACUCUCCCCGUCUCGUUACAAGGUAGAUUGAGAGAAGUGAAAGAUUUGAAAAUUGUCAUGGAAGGUAAAUCAGAAUUCUGGGAUGAUCAUGGACGGUAUACACCAGUACGACUUCACACAACGACUCUUACCCUUGCAACCCCAUCGAAACCAUUACUCAUCCCUCCCCAAGAUCCCCUAAAACCUUUUGCCGAUAAGAUCCAGCUCGCUGUGGAAUUUGAUAUGCGACUCCCGGGGUGGUUACCUCCUUCUCACGAUUCCGAUAUGACAACUCUAUCAUAUGGUGUUGUUACUAUUGCCAUCGUAGGCUGGACCGAGGCUACGACAUGUUCUUACUCGACACCUUCUACCUCGACUUUGUCUUCCUUCGAUAGCGAUAUCAUAAUGGAACGUUCAACCUCUGUCCGACCAGCUAACAUCAAACCGAAAUCAUCGAAAUCUUUCGAAUCGAUAUUCGGAAAUCAUUCUCUUCUCUCGAAAUCAACCGAAAGAUCAUCCUCCCAAUGGACACCGUUCACUAUCCAACGACAUCGUUUGCCCUCUGCCAUUGGUUCAUUUGCUCAAGACAGGACAGAAAGACACUACACUCUUCGACCGGAAGCGGAUAGUACUAGUCCUGUUGAAUGUGUCGUCACUGUCCCAGAUUGGGUAGAUGUAAAUGGCGAAGAGAAGAGUUUGAAAGUCAGUCUGAGACUGAGAGCUAGAAAAACUGCCAUCAAAGCUCGGACUAUUGAGGCUGAAACUUCUUCCAUUGAAGCUGAAACUUCUUCCAUUGAAGCUGCCGGUUCGUCGCUUCGCACAUCGCAAGACAAUCCUGCGUUGACCGAGGGUGGAUCAAGGGAAUUAGAAUCAGUACCAAUGGAAAGACAAUGUGCCAGAGGGAAGAAAGCGGAUGAUGAUCUUUUAACUCAUAUUCUAGAAUUGGGUAUGGAGGUUGAAGAGACUGAAAGAUACUCUUCAGCACCCACUCUUUCAUUCACUUCCUCGUUCCCUCUUCCAGCCGAACAACCUACACGACAUUCAUCACAACAUCACCUCAUUUCACCUCGAUCGAACUAUGCCGAUGGUGGGUUUCUCGGCUACGACGACAGACCUUUCAGAGGAAUGCGAAGCAGACCUUGUCUCUUGGCAGAUGAUGGUAACCAGCGAAACUUUUUCUUCGCCGAUCAAGGUUUAGGUUUGGGUGAGAAAUGGAGAAAAGUCAACGUCGUUCUUCCAAUGCCCGCUGAUACUGGAAAAGGAAGAAUCACAAGACCUCAACCUGAGAUGGAUGGCCCGUUCCUGAGGAUCAGACAUGAUCUGAAGAUCAGGGUUGUAUGUAGGAAUGCCAAUGGAGGAGGCGACACUCAGGUUGUCAUCCUCUCUACGCCCAUCAAAUUCGGUACCUGCCCUCUUACCAUGCCUAGUGCCACCCCUCGUCGAGCUCCUGCGUUACCUGCAUAUAUACAACUGUUCCACGAAAAUGGAGAAUUGAGAGAAUGCGAUCCUCUCCCAAUAUAUAUCACUCAGGAUUCACCCACUAGUCCUCCUACUAGUCCAAUCAUCCAGAUCCGAUCGAUCCCUGAUACACCUGUUCCUUCGUACGAGUCCCUGUAUCCAGCCACCAACCCAAAAGGUUGUGCAUCUCGAUCACCCUCACCUUCCACUUCUUACGACGCUGCGAUUAUGUCGUCCUCUCUUGGAAGAAGGGAAAGAAGUUCUUCACCUUCGCCUUCAUCCAUAGGCGAACCAGAAGCGAUGAACGUGGAUGGGGUCAUCUCCUCUGAUGACGAAAGUAGGGUAUCAGGUCAAACAGGUAGGAAAGUGGCCCGAACUAUCCCAAGUAUAAUCAGAACUGCUGCUUAG